CGCCCAGGGCCAGAGUUGGUAUGAAGAAGAAGGCAACCGGAGUCAGAAGCAGGGUGGCCUCCAGUCGUGUUGCCAAGAGCUCCAAUACGUGGACGAUCAGUGCCAGUGUGAGGCUGUGAAGGAAGCAUUCCGGGAAGCCCAGAAGAUGCAACGACAACAGGGACAACAAGGUGGAAGCUAUGGUACCAAGCAGAUUGGACAGAUGAUGCAGAAGGCUCAGAACCUUCCUAACCAAUGCAAACUCCAAACAAGACAAUGCCAACUCGGAAAAAUCUCCAUCACCACCAUCACCACUGUCAGCGACGACACCAGCUACAAGCAGCAGUGCGAGCACAUCCGAGGCCGACAAUUCAACCAGUGUCAAAGUUUCAUUCAACGACAAAUGGGCUCUUAUGGAACCCUUCUGAUGAGCGUCAGUAAGCAAGGUCAACAGGCACAAGGUCUGGAACUCUGCUGCAAUGAGCUUCAGAAUGUGGAGGAAGAGUGCCAGUGCGUGGCAAUGCAGGAGGUGUACAGGCAACUCCAGAAGCAGCAGCAACAAGGGAGCCAACAACGUGGGCGACGUGGUGGACAGCCCCAGACCCAAGAUUUACAGCAGAUUGUUCAAAAUCUGCCCAACCAAUGUAAACUAGAAGUGCACCAAUGCCGAAUCCCAUCUGCCAUGUUCUAAGGUGGAGAUUAAUGAUCGAGGAAUAAAUGUCAUUCGCAUCUCUAGUCUAGGUUUACGGUUUUGACUUUGAGAUGGGAGUAGUUGCCGAAAUCACAAUAAUUAGGCUCAUGGAGAGAUAUUUGAAUCUAUAAAUCUCAUGUAAUCGCUCUUUCAUCUUGUUUAUGAAUAACUAAAAUGAUG